AUGGCAUCAACCGUGUUUCGCAUUGCAGUGUUGUUAUUCGACCCCAAGGCACCGCGCGAGAUGAAGCUGAGAUUCAGAUUCGCGUCGUCAUGGCUUACCUCGGAUGAACAGAGCAGUUUCAAUAAGGGUAUCAGCUCCGUUGUAGUAUAUCACGCUUCACCAAGGCGCACGACACGAUUUGACUGCGCCGACGAGGUCGAUGAGGUCGGGCACUCACGACGUGCGGUGGAUGCCGACUAA